GUCUGUCGCCACGUGGCAGAUAAAGCCGUCAUCGGCACCGACGGGCAGAACAGCACCCUUCUCUCUGUGCUCUACCAGCAGAAGCACGGGCACAGGACCCAAGGGGGCUCCAGGAAAUCCGGCAGCUUGCUGCUCGUGAAGCCGCACUUCUCGGAGUCGGCGCCGAACGUGAUCUCUGCGCUCUCGGAAGCAGUCGGCGCAGACGGGCGCGAUCAGGUCCGCUUGGUGUGCUCGGACUCUCCAGAGGUUCUGCGCCCCGUCGUUCGGGAUCACCUUCCGCGGGUGCUAUGCGUCGCGAAGGGCCCGCUGUGCGUGGCUCUGAAGGUGGAGAGCGAAGACAAUGGGGGAGUGACCCCGUUGUCUCGCAUCCUGCGCAAGUGCCUUCGGAAGUUCCUGAUCGGGGGCGACGACGGCAAUUCGUCUUUCCGCAGGAAUCGCCGAAUGGUGGACAUCCCGUCGCUGGGGGUCGCCAUCGGCGCCAUGGCGCCCGGCCGCGAGAGAGCUGCGCUGAAGCGCAUAGAGGGCGAUGCGUACCUGGACAAGCCGCACGCAGGGGCAUCCCACUUCUUGGAGGACGUGGCCGCCGCGUGCAAGGAGCACCCGGCCGAAUUGAACCGCAAGACCAACGGCGGCUCAGAG